UUUUAUACGUGUGAAAAUUAUAAUAUCAGAGAAACAUUAAGAAAGAAAUACAAGGAUUUUAUUUUAAUAACAUGCAUAGAUCUGAUAAAAAUCGAGCGGUAUAUUUUCCUUUGCUCUUGCAACAAAUAUUGGUAUUCAUAUAACAAAUCGGCUACAAACGUAAAAAAUAAUAAUAAUUAUAAAUAAAUUUAAUAUUACUUUUAUUAUAUAUAAUCUGUUGUAUUAUUUAACCCUUUUAUUCUCUUUCCUGCAAUUUUCUUCAGAUUUAUUUUUUUUUCCUCACUAGGGCCUAAUGAUACCUUAUAUUUCAUCAAAGUGUAUACGCUACUGAGGACUUCUACGGAUAGCUUACUGCGCAUGCGCUGAGACUGCCCAUCACUGUUUACUUUGUAUUUUAUAAUUAAAGACCUUUAAUGAAAAUGUCUGUUUUAUUCUACCACCCGAGUGAAACAAUUUUCACGCUUUUUAUAAGCAUAAAAUAUAAAGUCGAUGAAUAAAGCUGAUCUUUCGAAAGUUUUCGAGAAUAGUGAUAAUCGAUUGGAAAUUCGUGGACGUUUUUCGUUUCGUAACGUAGAUUUCGUCGCAUCUUGCUAAAUCCUGUUUCCGUAUGCGCGGCGACGAAAGUUUCGAAAGUUCAAAAUGGCGGUUGGGCGCGCGAUCGCGAUGCACGUGCAACGCCAUCUGGAGUUGUCGCUUCCGGUAUUGAGCAGCAGUAGUAUGGCAGUUGCGCGCAAAAGUCUGUUUAUUUACGUGCUGUCGAUGAUUAAUUGAUCGUAAACCCGCGUCCACUCGUGAUAGAUCCGACGAGUGAGUGCCGUAAUAACGGGAGCGUGAUGGUGCACGAGUGAGACACCGCGAAACAAUUCCUGCAGGAUCUAACGAGAAACGCUCGGUGAAUGUCGUCGCCGUCGAAGAAUUCCGCCUGUCGUCAUCGUCGUUCUAACCUAUUUCCCGAUACACUGUGCACUUCAUUCUGGAAUUUUCCGACGCGCUGUCAAUGGUUGUUUGCCAACAGUGGUGCGACAUAAUGCCAUGUUCCCGCAAACAUUGAACACAGAACCGUGUAAAAUCACGAGCAUGGCUGACGAAGUGUUGCCGGCGAGUUUGGAGAAGCUCGAAAUUGAUCGGCUCUCCUCGAGUUGUCCUCAUAUUACUCCAACUGACAAAACAAAAUCUCCAAACCCAUUUAGAACGGCAAGCAAAAGCGUCGGUUCUGAUUGCAGUUAUUUAUUUCAAAAAAGAUCAAUGCCUAUUAGGCCACCGUUAUCUACCAUCAGCCCUAGAGGCGUGAAAAGCACAACGAAUUUCAAACCAUCAAAGAAUGAAAGAGCAUUGGAUAAGCAUAAGAAAAACUCGAUAAUCAAAGAGGCUGUUCUAAAAUUAAAUGAUACUGGUACUAAUUGUCUUAGUGAUAACCUAGCAGAUACAUUGCUUAAAGAAACAUGUAAAUUUAAUAUUUGUGGUAAGAACUCCAAGAUUUUUGGCCAUGGAUCGGUUGCUAAGGAUUUCAAAGAAUUGAAUAUUAGCCAAGAGUCUAGACAAGCUAAGGACGAUACUAGCAUCCAGGAUAAUUACCAGGCUAGUAGUUUCCAACGAGCACGUAGUAAUACGAUGCCAAGUUUAAAGAGAGGGCCUGGUCCAGGCGGAGGUAGUAAUAGUCAGUUGGAAACAACCGGUUCAACUGGUCAACCUUCAAGUUCAAAUACAUGCUCUGUACAAGCAAGAAUAUCUCCACCUUCAUGCGAUGUCACGAUCGAUGAACUUGCCAGCUACUUCGAGGAGUUUGUUCAUAUUCCAAAGAAGAUGUCGCAUAUGGCAGAAAUGAUGUACAUUUAACUAUAAUAUGUUGAAUUAUAAUUGAAAGAUUUUCUUAUACAGUUUUUCAAGGACUAGCAUGCAACGUUUAUGCAUGAUCAUCAGUCUAAAUACUGUAUGUUUGCUACAAAUCCAAUUUAAUUUGGUACCUAAAUUAUACAUAAUAUCUAAUAAAAGAAGAAAAAAAGAAAAAAAAAUGGAAGGAACACAUCUGCGUUUUUGUAGAAGAAAAAAAGUAUUAAAAGCGGUAAAAUUCGGACAUCGCUUUAGUAACAAGGACUAAAAAAGGGUAAAAAGGAAAUAUGAUGAUAACGAACGGAAAAAAUAAAAAAACAUUGCGUGACAUUUGUUUUUAAAAAAUUGUUUGUGUUCGAUAUCGUUUAGUUUUGAAUGAAAAAGAAAUACGUUUCUUUAUAAAAUUUUUGUAUUGCGAGAUGAAAAUAUUGGUACUAGAAUAAAUUUCUUGGACUUAA